CGAGCAAGGCAGGAGGAGCCGACCAGAGAGGGAAAACCAUCCAUCCACACGGCCUCCAGAACGUCCAUCUGCACGCACCAGUCUGCCUUAAAAUCAUGGAGCCGAAACAAACCAUCAACUUUGGUGCCGGACCUGCAAAACUACCUGAAUCCGUGAUGCUUCAAGCGCAGAAGGAGCUCCUCAACUACAACAGCACUGGAAUCAGUGUUCUUGAGAUGAGCCAUCGAUCGUCAGACUUCUUAAAAAUCAUAAAUAAAACAGAGAGUCUCCUGCGAGAGCUGCUAAAUAUCCCCACCAACUACAAGGUGAUGUUCCUGCAGGGCGGCGGGUCUGGGCAGUUCAGCGCCGUUCCUCUCAACCUGAUCGGACUGAAGGAGGACCGGUGCGCCGACUACCUGGUGACGGGCACGUGGUCAGCGAAAGCGGCGAAAGAAGCGGAGAAAUACGGCAAAGUGAACGUGGUCCACCCGAAGCUGGACAGCUACACGAAAAUCCCCGACCCCAGCAGCUGGACCCUGAACCCCUCGGCCUCCUACGUCUACUACUGCUGCAACGAGACGGUCCAUGGCGUGGAAUACAACUUUGUGCCUGAAACGAACGGGGUGGUGCUCGUCGGUGAUAUGUCCUCCAACUUUUUGUCUCGACCAGUGGACGUGUCAAAGUUCGGGCUGAUCUUCGCCGGUGCUCAGAAGAACGCGGGCUGUGCCGGGGUCACGGUGGUCAUCGUGCGAGACGACUUGUUGGGCCACACGCUGAAAGAGUGCCCCAUCGUCCUGGACUACAAGGUGCAGGCCGAAAUGAACUCCAUGUACAACACGCCGCCUUGCUUCAGCAUUUACAUCAUGGGCCUGGUGCUGGAGUGGAUUAAGAACAACGGCGGCAGCACCGCCAUGGAUAAGCUCAACAAGCAGAAGUCCUCCAUGAUUUACGACAUCAUCGACUCCUCCGAUGGCUUCUAUGUGUGUCCGGUGGACACGGCCUGCCGGAGCCGCAUGAACCUGCCGUUCCGUUUGGGGAAGAGAGGCGGAGACGAGGCCUUGGAGAAGGAGUUUCUGGAGGGGGCGUCCAAACGCGGGAUGAUCUCGCUGAAGGGACACAGGUCAGUGGGAGGAAUCCGAGCGUCUCUGUACAACGCCGUGACGCUGGAGGAGACCGAAGCCCUUGCCGACUACAUGAAGGAAUUCCUGAAAGACCACAAAUGAAACCAGCUGUGCUGAAGGCUUCCUGCCACAUGGUGGUGUUUCACCACUUCCGUACAGUAAAAGAGAGAUUUCCUGCUAGUUAAGCUCCAUGUUGGAUGUGGACGGUUCACCUUCUUAGGCCUACUUUUUAACGCUGUGUAGAUGAACCGCUGCUGUCGCUCGUGACGUCUUACAUUUGUGUACUAUAAAAUCAAGGUUUGUGCGUUUUGGACAGGUCUGAAACUAAAAAUGAAAAAAGGUGUAAUGUUAUUAGAGAACAGUGAAUGUACAUACUUGUUUUAUUCCUGUUGUUCACGGUAGGUUUACACUCCAAUAAAUCUAACUUGGUAGAACUUA